GUUGUAAAUUAUCAUUAAAAACGAGGCGAAUGAUGUAAAGCAUUGAUAUUAUUUUGAAAACGAUUCAAAGAUGAUGCCCGGCGUUUCUAUGGCACCGUCGGUUUCCAGGGCGACAGCACAUGUUUUCGUUUUCCUUCUCUUUGUGUUAAAGUUCUUUUCUUUGUUAAUAUUCUUCGUUAGGCACCUUUAGUUACAUUUGGCCAUGGAAGAUCAAGAGGCGGAAGAGCAGGAGCAUGGAGAAUUCGCGGUGAUGGAAGAGAGUACCGACGCGGACGAAGAGAACACAGCGGAGUACGAACCGGUUGGAAGCACUGUCGGGGAAGAGGAUGAAUAUUCAACGGAUAUCGGCCCGCUACAUUCUAUCGAUCAAUCCUAUCAAUCUCCACACCCAAGCUCUUAUAGUGUCAAAACUUCUGUUGUACGACUUAAGUCACCGAGUGAUAAAGAUUUUCCAAUAGAAGUAGUGAAAUCUGUCCUCUCACUGGAGGAUUUAGAGAAAAAAAGAAAAGGUAUUAAAAGAAGAGCUACAAAUGUUAAACCUCCAGAGAAAAAAGAACGUAGUCCACCGGAAAGCGCUCACACUAAAAGCCAAAAUGUUGUAAUGAAACAAGAGGUUGCUCUCAAAGGGUCUGUAGGUGAGACUGUAUUCCACAGAAGGACAACACCAGCUUACAAACCGUCAGAUUGGAAAGCUAGGAGAUCACCGAAAAGAGAAGUGGAUGGAACGAAACAAAGCAAACUGUCAAAUGUGCAUUUCGACAAGGAAGCUUUUGAUGCACUUAUGUUAUCACAUCGGCUUCCUACCAAGACCAGUCGAACUUCAGCAGAUGGAAGGUCUUCAGUGAGAUUUUUGGAAGACCCAGACAUCAUCCUUGAAGGAAGAAGAGCCAAAUCACUGUCACCAACCAGGAAAUCAAGUGUAACAUUCGAUAUUCAAGAUUCAAGACACAUGUCAAACAUUUCAGCACCGUACAGGGGGUCGAUGAGCAAAUUUUCAUUUGCUGGGCUACCACCUGAAAAAGGAAUUUGGCCUUUCCACAAGGAACAAGAGGGCCUGGCUUUGAGAUUCAAAUCCGACCAGAGUGGGUCAGAAGUCUCUGAAAGUAUGACUCUAAAAAGAUCUGCUUCUACAGAAUCUGUGUUACACUUAGAAUUCAGCAGGCCAACUUCUGCUUACAUAUUUGGCAAGAAAUCAAUUACAAAACAACAAUAUUUUGACAAUAUAAUAAAACUGGAGCAGAAUAGUGAUUCUGACAACAAAGUUUCUAUAUCUUACCCUUUAGGAAGACAACUGAAUGCAUUAGAGAUACAGAAGCAAUUUGGAAAGUUGAGCGUUGCAGGCUUGUCAGUCGAUGACGGAACACCUAACAGAUCUUUUAUACACGAUUCGACUAAAGAACUGCUAAGAGGGCUUCUCCCAGGCAUGGAAGAAGAAGAGGACAGGAAUAGAAUGCUUCUAUCACAGCAGAUGCCACAAGAUUUUCCAGAAGUUCUUGAUGUUGACAAUCCUUUGAUGGAUAAAUUUCAAAACAUUCUGAAAACCCAUCUGUUAAAUCAGAUUGACAGACUCACUGGUCAGAUACAAGGACUUCAUCAUGAAUUGAAAAUUGUAGGAGAAGAUUCGAAAAAAAUUGCUGAUUUUGUAUACAAAGAAGAAAGAUUCGUCUUAAAGCAAGAAGAAGACAUAGAAAGUUUUAGACUUAAAACAAAUGAGAUUAAUGAAAAACGAAUGAAAAUAGAGAAAGAUGUUGAGGAAAGUCGCCAGCAACAUCAUUGUCAGCUCUUGACUGUGAUCAAAGCUAAAAAACAGGAGAACGAAUUGAGAAAAGAGAAAGAAAUGAUUGUUGAUUUGGUGAAUAAAUUAAAAGAAAUGGAAGCCAAUAAAGAGGCAGCAUUAAAAUUUUCAAAAACCGAAUCCGAGAAUGCAAGAAAAGAAAAGGCUAAACUUACAGAUGAAAAGCUCAAACAGGAUUUUUUGCUCUGGAAACUUGAAGCAGAAGUGAUGAGACUUGGAAGGGAAAUCGAGUCGUCAUUGCAGAGAAAUUCAAGUUUACAGGAAGAAAUUAAAUGUGUAACUGGCUUAUUAUCAAAAGCUGAAGCCGAUCUCAAUGCAAAAACAGAUGAAAAUAAAUUACUCCAAAAGGCAAUAGGCGAGAGUCUAAAAUGUAUUGCCAUUCGAGACAAGGAAUUAGUAGUAGCCAAGGAGAAAGUCGAUGAAGCAAAAAAAAAUUGGCUUGUAAUGGUCAACUCGAUUAACACUUAUGCCAAAGAUGUUGAUAAAGAAAUGGGGAGGAGUGAAAAAAAUACAUCAAUUAGAAAGCAAUUAACUGAAAAUUUGGAACAAUUAAGGAACAAGGUUAAAAAAAAAGCUGCUCACAAGAACGAGCUGGAGUCCAAUUUAGAGACUCUUCAAAAAUAUCUUGAUGAUAGUGAAGCAAAUCUUGAAGAAGCCAGAAGGGCUGAAAAAGAAACAAAAAAAGAAGAGAGCAGGUUGCUCGAUGAACAUUUAAAACAGAAUAGGAUUUUCAAUGCAAAGAAAGAAGAAUACCUACAUAAACUGUCCUAUCACAAGAAAACAAAAAACAUGAUACACAACAUUGAAGAGAUGAUAAAUCGUUUAGCAGAAAAAAACCAAACACAGGAAGCGAGAAUUACUGAAAGUGAAAACAUUUUGGCCAAAUUGAUGGUGGAAUGUGAAGAGGCUAAAUUAACCGUUAACAAAAAUGAACUUGAAUUUAAUUCAAAACAAAGUGAGUUGGUAGCAAGUGAGCAGAUACUAAAGUCGAUUGACAUAAAAAGGAAAAAAAUGAGGGACAAAGUUCUAAAUUUAACAUCAAGAAUUAGAAUGAAAAAACAAAAAAUCAAAGAAUUGGAAACAAGAAUGAAAAUUGCAGAUGAAAUUCAAGAAAAAAAUUCAAAUGCAAAAAAACUGAGGAAGCUUGAAAAACUUAACCACACUAUGGCAAAAGAAGCUGAAACUCUGGCAAAAGAGUGGCUCUCCCUGCAAAACCAAGUCCUUCAACAAAAAGAGUCAAGGGCCCAUCAAGUACAUGAAAUCAAUAUUACAAGAAAACAUAACCUUACUAUGGAAAACAGCAAGAUCAGGAAUGAUUUAAUGGUUAAAAAAAUCCAGAGCCAGAUCAACAAAAGCAACAAGGAAAUAUUCAGGGAAGAAAAAACACUUGAAAGGUGGCAUCAAACAAGUUGUUUAAUCACCAGCAAAAUUGAGAAUGCCAAACUACAACUUAUAGAUGCACAAAAUGUCUUUAGUGGAAAUUUGAAAGAUGCAGAAUGUGAAGCAAUACAAUUACAAAAGGAACACUGUGAACUAACCAACCUUAUCCAAGAGUUAACUGAACAACUAACACAGAGCCACAAAGAACUCCUCGCAUGGGAAAAAAAGUGGAGUUUAGCUUUAGAAGUGAAAGAGAGGGUUGAUAGGGAAAGGGAGGCCGGAGGCGAACUAGGUGCAAUGAAGAUGGAAAUACAUAGGAUGGAGGUCAGAUACAAUCAAUUGAAAAAAGCUCAGGAAAAAUUGUUGAACGACCUUGAACUGUGUGUAUCAAGGAGGGACAAGAUCAUAGACAAUGCAGACGCCAGGGAAAAACGGUCUCGACUGCAAGGUAAACAAUUUUCAAGAGUGCAGCUUGAGAGGAAAAUCCAAGAAAUGAAAAACAAAUUAAACCAAUUGAUCAGGACUCGAAAAGAGAUGAUGGAUGAAAUAUAUUCUCUGCAGAAGACAGAAGCACAACUCAAGAAAGAGCAUAGUUUGAUAAAAGAGAGUGUCAACAGUUUAAAACAUGGCCUCAAUCAGUUGGAGAGACAGAUUGAAGAGGGUGAAGUGCACCAACAUUCGUGCCUAGAAACAACAGUUAUGAGGCAAAGAAAAUGUAAACUUCUGGAAGAGCUCAAAUUCGGCAAAUACCGUUGCAUUUUCAAAUCACCGGAUUCCCAGUUAAAAGAGAAGACCAGGCUUGAAGACGAACUCGCCUCCCUUUAUGAAAUAGUUGAAUCGCUCAAAGGCAAUUUUCCACAUCUUCAACUACAACUUCAGCAGAUUGAGAACACUAUAACAACCGAUAGUAUUUAUAUUAAUAAGUGUGAGGAAAAUGAGAAUACCGUUACUCAGAACGGAGGUGAAAAAGAUGAAAAUCAACAAGCGACUGCAUAAAUUAAUUUACUUUUAAGGUGACAACAGUACAAUACAAUUAAGCCAUACAUAUAAUUUAUUUUCUAUUUGCAUAUUUUAGGGAUUUAAUGGCCAAAAAUUUAACAAUUAAUCAUUUAAAUCAACUA